AUGAACUCCCGGCUCCUGUCGGCCAGGGACUGGCUCAGCACCCGCCCGCCCACCUCCGAGCCGAGCCUGGAGCCCGCCACCGACGGGCCGGCCCCCGAGCCCACCGCCCUCAGCCCGGAAGCCACCAGCUUCAACGACACCAGGAUGCCCGGCGUGGGCAGCGGCACGGCCGGCGUGGGCACCAUGCUCCUGUCCUUCGGCAUCAUCACGGUGAUCGGCCUGGCCGUGGCCAUGGUCCUGUACAUCAGGAAGAAGAAGAGGCUGGAGAAGCUGCGCCACCAGCUCAUGCCCAUGCACAGCUUCGACCCCACGGAGGAACAGGACGAGCUGGAGCAGGAGCUGCUGGAGCACGCGGCCUCCGCGCAGGCCCCGCAGGGCAAGACCACGCUCCCGGCCCAGGGCCCGGUGCAGAGGCCCAGCCGGCUGGUCUUCACCGACGUAGCCAACGCCAUCCACGCGUGA